AUGGCUGAAAAAGUGGAGAAUGCGUUUCACAACUACUGGCUGAAUAGGAAGAAGACGCCCAAGGAUGCCUUCCGUUUCCUGUAUCUCAACACUAUUGAUGAAAAAACGCUCAUCAGCCCAAAAUUUAGCACGUGGGUAAAGUACCUGAAUAACUUCGACGAUCGAUACCCUGGAGAGAAGACGACAGUGCUUGACGGCCUUCUGGCUUUCUACAAUGACAGAGCUCUAUUCAGGAUGUUUAAAGCUGCAGAGGAAGAUCCCAGCACGAAGAAACUCGUCACCGAUCUUCAGAGUGCUUUAAUCCUAAAGUGGCGAGAUGCCAAGGAGACACCAGAAAAGCUUAUGAACAUGCUUAAUGGCGUGCCAAACUCCCGUGAAAUGAUUGAUCGAUACUCCACGCUAAUAUCGGGGACGAGAACAACCUCAUAAUCAAUUCCACUGAAGUGGCUAACAAAUGUAA